CAGAUCGGAAGCUGAGCGCUGGGGCCUCGAGGAGAUUGUGGAGCCAAGAGCAGCGGAAGGCGGGAUCGUUACAAGCCGGCUUGCCAUGAACUCUGGACGCCAGCGCCGGACACCCUUCAGCAUCUCAGACAUCCUAGGCCCGAGCAUGGUCCCCAGAGCGCCUUCUGCGCCACAGCUUCCCGAGGCCAGCCCUGAUCCCGCAUCGCCACUGUGCGCGCUAGAGGAGCUGACUAGUAAAACCUUCCUGGGCCGUGACCCGCGCUCUCUGCAACUUUCUGAAGGCAGAAUCGCCCCAGAGGCGCCUCCGGGUCCUGGCGCUGGUGUUCGGAGACGGCGCAAGUCGCGUACAGCGUUCACUGCACAGCAGGUGCUGGAGCUGGAGCGACGAUUCGUCUUCCAGAAGUACUUGGCACCAUCAGAGCGCGACGGCCUGGCUGCACGACUGGGCCUGGCCAACGCGCAAGUAGUCACUUGGUUCCAGAACCGUCGCGCCAAGCUCAAGAGGGAUGUGGAGGAGAUGCGCGCCGACGUGGCCUCUCUGUGCGCGUUGUCUCCGGGAGUCCUGUGCCACCUGGCACUGCCAGACAGUGCUUCAAGACCUGACUCUGGCCCUACAGGGCCUGAUUCCGAGCCCCACUUAUCGGAUGAAGAGAUACAAGUGGACGAUUGAAAGCAAAGCCUCCGCCAGCCCUGAAUUCCAGGACCCUGGACUCCUCUAUACUAUACUAAGGGACUUGUCUGGGUUCCGGGGUGGAGGGGAGAGACCCACUUAGCCCUGA